UGUCUCAAGAUAAUCCUCAACCAAAGAAGGGCCCAGUGGGCAUCCAAGAUAGAUCAUCAUCCCGAGAGAAAAAGUCACGGUAUUCAAACAUUGGACUCCACACAGAAAAUAGAAACAGACAGAAAAAUGCUUCACAGCAAGGUAAAAAAUGUGGUUGUUGAAGAGCAUCAUAACUCCCCUAAUUGUUCAAGACCAGUAGCAGCUGUAGCCAAAGUGGAAGUUACUGAUAACUUGCCUACUCCUUACCUCAAUAACAGAAAGGUUGCCACACAGUUAAUUCCAAUUGUAGACACUUGCAGAAUUGAAACUACUCUUUCACAACUAGGAGAAAAUAAAGUGGUGAACACCUCAAGAAAAGCAGCAGCAGGACAUAAGAACAUCAAAAGGCGAGCUAAUGAGGACAACGAUGUAUCAGAUUUUGAGAGGGAACUAAUGAAUGAAAAACAUCACAGGAAAAAGAAACCUCUGGACCCUAGGCACCGUCUCAGAAAUGCCAAAUUUACUGCACAUGAAAACUUGGUCCUUGUGGAGAAUCUAAUACCGGUUUUUCAUAAACUUGCUGGCAACAACUUGGCCACCACAGAUCCUGCCUGGAAGCAUGCAGCCUGGCUAAAAAUCACUGCUGCUGUCAAUAGCUUGGGUGUUUAUCCUAGGCAUCACGAACAUGUCAAAAAAAGAUUUCAUGACAUUAAAUUUGCUUUGAGAAAGAAAAUGUCAGAUGAGCAGCAGAGCAGGAGAUCAGGUGUUUAGUAUACCAGGAAAAAAAAUAUUCUAUCAUGACUAUGAGGAAUUGUUAAAACCAUAUAUUUAUAAGGAAUCAUUUAUUGGAAUAGAUGGAGGCUAUGAUUCCUCAAAGCAUGUUAAAGAGCAACCUGGAACAUUACUCUUGUACUCUGAAAAUUCAAGUGAGAGUGGACUUUCUGUAACUGCUCAUGGAUUAGAUCUGGAAACAGAUGAAGAUGAUAACACCACAAACAUGGAUGUCCCUAUAACUUUUUAUCGACAACACACUCUUCUCAUCCAGUUGGUAACUCCUCUGCAGCAGAACCUUUUACUAACUGUGCUAACUCUGUUGCGCCAGAAAGUGCUGGAGUGGCUGAUUCUGAUGUUACAGAUGCUGCUGUUGUUCCUCCAGAUCCUUCAUUACACAGACAUCCAGUAUACAGUACAGUAAAUAUGGAUCGUCAGCAGUAUGUGUUUGAUGCUCCACAAAGUGAAAGAUUGCAGGACAAACAAAAAAGCCAUCGCAAAUGUUUAAUGAAUAGACUUGACGUUUUGAACAAUCACCUCGCCAAAUUUAAUGCCUUGUACGAGCAACAAAUUGCAACCACUCAGAUCUAUAGACAGCAACAAUUAAAUUUCAUGUGCAAACAAAAUGAGCUGCUCACAGAACAGUUAUCUAAGUUGGACUCAAUAGCCACUCUCUUUGGUGAAAGGAACAGCAGCAACAACAUCUGA